UUAGAUUUAAAAAAAAUGUACUAUUUAAAAUUAAAUGAAAUUUUUAGCAUUUUAUUUCUAUCAUUUGCUAAAAUAAAACUAAUUGCCCGACAGAUGCAUGUUGAGAAGCAUGUGUUUUAGAUACUUUCCUAGAUACAGGAAGUUGACAUAAAAAAUUAAUCUAUUUUUCCUUGGAGGCCACACUUUUGUUUCCUGAGAAAACAUUUGAACAACAAGUUUAGUUGUGCAGUGAUAUAAAACUGUUGGAAAAAAUCAUGCAUUUUUUCCCCUUUAUUUUUACUUUGUAACAAAAACAAAACAAAAAACACCUUCUUUUGCCUGUCUGCUUAGCUAAGAUUUACUACAGGAAAAUAGACAGAAAAAUUCUCUGUAGACAUUCAAUGCGAACCGAAAAUCUAAAUCUACUGUAAAACACGGUUGAACUGAUAUCAAACUUAACUAAUCUUGAAUAACUCAAUCAAGUUGACAAACUGAAAGAUUGGACUCACUGCCACACUCCUCGCUGCCAUGCUGUGUUCGUCGUCGACCUGCAUGUUACACCUGCUGCUAGUGCUUAUACACACUGUAGCACUGCACACCUCAAACAUAGAAUUAGAAUAAAUAGUUGGGGAUCAAGGACAAGUCUCAUUAUCUGAUGUCUGACAUAGUUAUUUAGUCAACAUGGGAACAUGAUACAAUGCUAAUACCAGAUCAGUUUAUCAAUACUGUUUACAUUCAUAGCUUUGUUAGCAACUGUCACACAAUGGUGUGCGUGCCAUAGUUUGAGAACCACUGUUCUAGAACAUUUUUUAAACAUUUAGCCAAAGAAACACCACAACCAAAAUAAAGACUGUGAGUUCCAGUUCGCCCUGUUGUUGUUGCAGCGCUGGUUGGUAAUAUUUAGACAGCAGGUGGUGCCACAGCGUAGAGCCGCUCUCACUGUGAGCGUUCACCCAGCAGGAGUCAGGCGGCGCUGGGAAACAAUAGUGCUGAAGGUCCGUGUGAAGAAGUCAAGGCUAUUUUUGGUGGGGCCCGCCUUACUUGCUAUUUCUGUCAGCAGGAGGACCAGGAGGAGAAGAAGGGGGGGCAGGACCUGACUUUAGGGGCAGGACUUUUAUUUUCUGAAACUUGCCUCCGUCAAAUCUCGACCUUUUUCCUCUCUUUUCUUAUUCUUCUGCGGACUAACAACAGCAGCGCCUCCUGCAUCCCCUCCUCGGCAGCUUUAAACCUCCUCGCUUGGAUGCACGCGGACCUUAUUUAGCAUCUGCUCGGUGUUUGUGUGGAUUUAUGUCGCUGUCUGGAGUCUAGACUGUGUCAGUGCUCUGCUGGGUGUUAACGGCUAUCGGACAAGAUGGAAACAGCUCGUCUGGGAACAUCGUAAAGACAGACCGUCAGGACACCAUAUUUCAUCCAGUGGCAGAUUCCUCAGUUGCUGUGCACACAUCGUGUGCGUCCUUUCCCAUGGACCUGAGGGUGGGAGAGCGGGGGAUGCGCCCAGGUUCAGACACGGCGCUCUUCGCCCCGCUGCACCCACCUUUACUCCUCACCCAGUUCUCCUCUCAGCCCUGCGCUCCGUUCUCCCAGCAGCACCUGCACCAACAAAUCAGGUAUAACGUGGAGCAGAGGAGGCGAGAGCAGGAACAUCAUGAGAAGCAGCAAGAGUUGCAGCAGCUCAAGCACAAAGACAAGAGCCAACAAAGUGCAGUGGCCAGUUCCUUGGUGAAACAGAAAUUGCAGGAGGUGAUUCUUAAAAAGCGGAAACAGGCGGCGCAACAAGGAACAAACGUCAGCGCACUGACUCCGGCUCCUGUAGUAUACAGAAACUUUGGUCCAGAACAGGGUCUGUCCUCACAACCUCUGGUUACAUCUCCAUCACAGUCUUCUCCUGAUGGUCCUGAAGGGACGCCUCUACGUAGAGCUACGUCUGAGCCUAAUCUGAAGGUGAAACAUAGGCUGAAGAAACACCUCAAGACACGCAAGAGUCCGCUCACCCGAAAAGAGAGUGCUCCGCCCACUGUCAGACACAGAGUGCCUGACACACUAGACUCAUCUCCUAGCAGCAGCAGCACUCCAGUGUCUGGCUGUAGUUCACCAAAUGACAGUUUACCCAAUGAAAAUGGACUGCUGCCCUCUGCAGGCGGCCUCUCACAUGAGGCCCAGAAGCUGCUGCUCAGAGAUGGCACUCUGGCUAACUUCACCAUCCCCAGCCCUUCUACUCUGCCCACCAUCACACUGGGACUGCCAGCCAACGCCCGGGCUGAAGAGGAGUUGUCUUCCCUGAAGGUCAGUCGUGUGCCUGUGGUCACAGCAGGGGGCUCCCCAGUCUUCCUCCCCCUGAGCAGAGAGGAACAGGCCGGACACCCUCACCUCCCUGUCAUCAUCCUGGAGCCUUCUGGCCUGGUGCACACUCCACUGCUCACUGUGCCUGGAUUAGACCCCGUCCCACUGCAGUUUGCCUCCCAGUUAGAGCACCUGUCUCCCGGAGGCUCUCAUCCUCACAAGCCCCUGAGCAGGACACGAUCAGAACCACUUCCCCAGAGCACGAGGACGCUUCACACGCAGCUACUUCAACAGCAACACAACACGCAACUACUGGAGAGGCUCAAACAGCAGACUCACCUGGGCAAGCUCAUGUCCAAGUCCAGUGAGAAGCCCAGACUGCACCAGAUCCCCUCUGAGGACAUGGACUCUGAGGACAGCGGAGCUGUGUCGCCCACUGAGCCCACCUAUCAGAGCAGAGCCAGGGCAGAGUCACUAAGGGAGGCGGAGCCAGGAGCAACCAAUAGCCAUGAAGAGCAACUGAACCUGCAGCAUGCGCUCAUACUGAACCAGUCAUUACUGUGGGAGCAGCAGAAGCAGCUGCAGCAGCUGCACAGACAGAUGGAGACACUGGCAGUGCCCAUGCUGCGCGUCGGUGGAGGAGUGGUGGGCGGGUUAGGUAUUCAUCGCCCCCUGUCAAGGACACAGUCAUCCCCGGCCUCGACGUCACUCACUCUGCCUGAAAAGACCCUCAGCCUGUCGCCUCAGGACAGCAGCAGCAAAUCACGCUUCACCACAGGUCUGGUAUACGACUCUCAAAUGCUGAAGCACCAGUGCACAUGUGGAGACAACAGCAGUCACCCAGAGCAUGCUGGGAGAAUCCAGAGCAUCUGGUCACGACUGCAGGAGAGAGGCCUGCGGGGACAGUGUGAGAGUAUUCGUGGCCGUAAAGCCACAUUGGAGGAGCUGCAGUCGGUCCACACAGAGCGGCACGUGUUGCUCUACGGCACUAACCCACUCAACAGACUCAAGCUGGAUAAUCGCAAACUGGCCGGAAUUCUGUCUCAGAGGAUGUUUGUGAUGUUGCCAUGUGGAGGUGUAGGGGUUGACAAUGACACAAUCUGGAACGAGUCCCACACCUCGACAGCCUCACGGAUGGCAGCAGGCAGCGUUGUUGAACUGGCCCACAGAGUGGCCAAAGGAGAGCUGAAGAACGGUUUUGCUGUGGUCAGACCGCCAGGACAUCACGCAGAUCCCUCCAAUCCAAUGGGUUUCUGUUACUUCAAUUCAGUAGCAAUAGCUGCCAAGCAGCUUCAGCUCAAGCUCAGCGUCAGCAAGAUCCUCAUAGUUGACUGGGAUGUUCACCAUGGUAACGGCACCCAGGAAGUCUUCUACAGUGACCAAAGUGUUCUCUACAUCUCACUUCAUCGCUAUGACGAUGGGAACUUCUUCCCUGGCAGUGGGUCACCUGCUGAGGUCGGUUCUGGAGCAGGGGAGGGCUUCAAUGUCAACGUCGCAUGGACCGGAGGACUGGACCCACCCAUGGGAGAUGCGGAGUACCUUGCUGCAUUCAGGUCUGUGGUGAUGCCCAUCGCUCAGGAGUUCAGCCCUGACGUCGUCCUGGUGUCGGCCGGAUUUGACGCGGCAGAAGGAAACCCAGCUCCUCUGGGAGGAUACAAGGUCUCGGCCAAGUGUUUCAGCUUCCUGACCCGUCAGCUGAUGUCUCUCGCAGGCGGUCGUGUCGUUCUGGCCCUGGAGGGAGGUCAUGACCUGACAGGGAUCUGUGAUGCGUCUGAGGCCUGUGUCAGUGCUCUUCUGGGUAUACAGGAGCCGCUGUCUGAAGAAGUGCUGCUUCAGAAACCCAACGCCAACGCUGUCCGCUCGCUGCAGGCCGUCAUUAAAAUACAAAGUCAGUACUGGCAGAGUGUGAAGGCUCAGAGUGGAUCAGUGUCUCUGUCCUACCUGGCUGCUCAGAGAAGAGACUGUGAGGAAACAGAUGCCGUCAAUGCUCUGGCCUCACUGUCUGUGGGUGUCCUCUCCGGCAAGAGUCUCUCUGAUGAGCCGAUGGAGCACGACAGUGACUCCAUGUAGAAGAACCCGACCACUCACUUCACAGAGACCACCUCCAGGAUUUGGGUCCAACCUGUGGCCUUGAAGGAUAGGAGAUUUUUUAAAGCCUCUGAGCCCCGACCCACACCUGCCUUAUCAACACUCAGUUCACCCAUUAUUCUGUGAUGCUGACGCUCUACAGUCUGGAUGCUGCUCAGAUGAAGUCAGCAGCUCCGUCUGCAGCUGGGAAACCUUCUCAAACCUCACCAAAGACCACAGCUACACGAGACCAUUUUUGUACUAGACCUCAUUGUGUUCACGUCCAGAGGGGACAUAACCAAGAGUUUAGGAGUGGAGCUCAGAUUCUUCUAGAAUCACUACAGAAUCACCAGCAGCCGUUUGUUGCCUUAAAGGAAGGACCAACAACUGUGUUCAGAGCAGAGAGAACUCCCCAACAUUGAAUCCAUUCCUUUACUGCCACAGGUCAGAGGUGAAGCAGCCGACACACAGUGGGGUCCAGCCCGGCUGCUUCAGUGAGAACCUGCUGUAGAACAUCAGGUCAUGUGAUCUACUCUACUCUGAAUCCUCGUGGAUAAUCCUGCAAAACAAACAAAAAAGAAAGAAAGAUUUUUUUUUAGAUGAAGAGAAGAAGACACAGAUGAUGGUGUGUUUUUAAUGAUGUCACAAAAGUCAACUUAACCACUAACAGGAGACGAAGACAAAGAAACUCAGAGAUAAAACAGAGACAAAUGAAGACACGACGUGGACAACUGUGGUUUUGAAGAAACAAAGACAAAGGGCUGAAGUCCUUGUUGUUUUUUUUGCACUGUUCAUUCCAUAAUGUGAACCAUAUAAAAAGAUUCCAAAGCUCUGGGAGAAGACAACACACACACACACACA